GCUGUGGGAAGUCAGUCUUUCUUUCAUUUCCAAAACCAGACAGAUUCUUGUCUUGUGUGUGGAACUGAACUUCUAGGAUUCAAGUCUUGAUAUCUAAAUAAUGAACUUUCCUGACCACGAUGUGCUGGGCCAGGCUUUUGAAGAUGCUCUAGAAGUGCUGCAGCAGCACUCUGACAGAGAAAUGCAGUGUCCACCAGGUUAUAAAAACUGCCUGACUGUGAUCAACCAUCACCACCACCUCCGAGCAAGUCCCAGCUACUGUGCAGCACCAUCUGUGGAGGAGCAAGGGUAUAACUGGAGAAAUGUGAUUAACAGUGCCACGGAUUUUUAUGCAGAUGAGACUGUCUACCAUACACUGCAGAACACUCCAGAAAGUCAAGUGAUGCAUACUGCUGCUAGCCAGCCAAAAGCAGGGAAAGGUAGAAAAAAGCUUCGACUAUUUGAAUACCUCCAUGAGUCUCUCUAUGAUCCAGCUAUGGCAAACUGCAUCCAAUGGGUGGAUAAGCCAAAUGGUGUCUUCCAGUUUGUCUCCAAAAACAAGGAGAAACUUGCAGAACUGUGGGGAGAGAGAAAGGGAAACCGCAAGAUCAUGACUUACCAGAAAAUGGCCAGAGCACUGAGGAAUUAUGGAAGAACAGGUGAAAUCAUUAAGAUCCGUAGGAAGCUGACAUACCAGUUCAGUGCUGUUGUUUUAAAGAGACUUGCUCCAUCUUAUUUCUUGGGAAAAGAAACAAUUUAUCACCCCUACAUUCAGUCUAAUCAAGAAUAUCAGUGUGCAGAUGACUGGACCAGUUACAAUAGUUACAUGUACAACAAUGGUUAUGCCUUACAGCAUGCUAGCAGCUAGACUUACCUGUCAUAUAAACUGGCCUUUGUUAUCCAGCAAUACUUUCCAGCACAGAAACUCGUCUCUCUACACAGCUUUUCCUUUAAGA